AUGAGUGAAAGUGAGGGCGAACAAGAGUGUGGUGUUUCGACGCCAAAGAAGAAACGCGUUGAAAGAGGCGAUUUAAAAGUGAAGAAAAAACAUAGACAACAAAAAUACGGAGUCGAAUGGGAGAGUGAUCCAAAAUUUAACAAGAUGGGAAAUCAACUUGUGGGGGUAGCACCUUCGCAGAUAUUUCCUGUGGAACACUACUUGAGUGAUCAUGUCGAUUUAACGUUUGAUCAGAGCCUAGGAUCAACAAGAUUCUUUAAAGUAGCACGGGCUCGCACUAGAGAAGGUCUUGUUGUUGUUAAAGUAUUUGCCGUCCAUGAUCCAUCACUGCCUCUUGCUGAACAUAAAGAGAGAAUAUUAAAGAUCAAGGAGCAAUUAGCAUCAGCAUUUAAUUGCUUGCCAUUUCAGAGAGUUAUACUAACAGAUAAAGCAGGUCUUCUCAUGAGAGAGUAUUGUAAAUGUAGUGUCUAUGAUAGAAUGUCUACGAGACCCUUUCUCACUGUGCUGGAGAAGAAGUGGAUAACCUUUCAAGUACUGUAUGCAUUGCAUAGAAUGCACAAACUAGGCAUAUGUCAUGGAGAUAUAAAGUUAGAAAACAUUAUGGUGACAUCUUGGUUAUGGGUUCUUUUAACUGACAUAGCAUCUUUUAAGCCAACAUUCUUACCAGAUGACAAUCCAGCAGACUUCAGCUAUUUCUUUGAUACAUCUAGAAGAAGACUUUGCUAUGUUGCUCCAGAGAGAUUUGUGGGAGCUCCUGAUCCAAAUGCAAAGCCUACAGCAGACGACGACAAUAGUGGAUUGCUACUGAGUGAAUCACCAUGUAAAAUUGGAGAGCUUGUCCCAAGUAUGGAUAUUUUUUCAACAGGUUGUGCGCUUUUAGAACUAUGGAACGACGGUACACCCGCGUUAGACUUGCCAGGGUUAUUAGCAUUCAGGAAUGGAGAGGAUAGACCCCCAACAAUGACUUUGCCAGAUUCCAGUGAACCAGAGUUGAGGAAUCUCUUGCACUCGAUGACAGAAAGGAACCCAAAGGAUAGAAGAAGUGCCGAACUGUAUUUAGAUGAGGCUAGGGGCAAUUUAUUUCCGGAAUACUUCUAUUCCUUUCUACAAUCCUAUAUGUUAAUAUUUUCCGCGCAACCAAUCCUCCCGGCGGACGAGAAAAUAACCCGUAUCUAUCAAGACAUUAAAAACAUCAUCAAAAUCUUCACACAACCUUCAAACUCCAAGAACUACCAGGACCUGGUCGAUGAGACCACUGAAACCCAAAAGGUUGAAAUCGACGCGUUAAUUAAAGAAGGGUUUAGGGUUAUGACAGUGAAUGUAACGGAUUUUGAAGAGGAAAAUGACAAUAAGACACCGGAUACCAAAGAGAUGGGACCGGAUGGUGAAGGGUUAAUACUGAUUACGUCGUUAGUGACGUCAUGUAUUCGAGGAUUGCAUCACUGCACGUCCAAAUUACAUUGCUUAGAGAUUUUGCAGCUUUUGUGUGAAAAUUCUAGUUCGGAAGUGAUUUUGGACAGAAUAUUGCCUUAUAUUAUCUACCUCUCGCACGCGCCCGAGGCCCGCGUGCGCGCGGCGGCCAUCUGGUGCGUGACCAAGUGCGUGUCGUGCGUGCGGGGGCUGCCCGCGCCCGACAGCAACGUGUUCCCCGAGUACAUCCUGCCCGAGCUCGCGCCCAGAGCCACCGACCCCGCCCUGCCUGUGAGGAUAGCGUAUGCUAAUAAUAUAGCUAAAUUAGCGGAAACAGCAGUUCGCUUUUUGGAUCAAACACAAAAUAUGGCGGACAAGGAAACAACAAACAUCAAUUAUGAAACGGAACUGUCGGCGUUACAUGAAAUGGUACGGUCGACCGUCUCGCAUCUCCUCACUGACUCACAGGCGGUCGUCAAGAGGGCGCUGGUUGAAAAUGGUAUCACCAAGCUAUGCGUGUUCUUUGGGAAGCAAAAAGCUAACGACGUGAUCCUCUCCCACAUGGUGACAUUCCUGAACGACAAGGAGGAGGUGGCGCUGCGCGGGUGCUUCUUCGAGCGCGUGGUGGGCGUGGCCGCGUACGUGGGCCAACACGCCGCCGCCAUACUGCUGCCGCUGUUGCAACAGGGUCUAACAGACCAGUCCGAGUGGAUUAUAGCCAAAGCACUUCGCGCAACAACGAGCCUCGCAGAGUUGGGGCUAUUGUUCAAACAAGCGCUAUGCGAUUUAGUUGCGGAGAGCGCUGUGUACCUCGCACAUCCUAAUUUGUGGAUACGUCACGAAGUGUGCGGGCUGGUCUCGUGUGUCGCGAGCCUGUUGAAUCCCAUCGAUGUCAAUUGCAAGAUACUGCCUCUAGUGUGGCCGCAUCUUAAACAUAAACUGAUACAGGUGGAAAGAGCAGAACUGUUAUUAGAAAGUUUAUCGGAGCCGAUACCAAGGAAGGUGUUGGACGCAGUGCUGCGGCACGGGGACGUGGACCGCCUCGUGCACACGCUGCGGGAAAGAAGGACGGCUCGGCUAAAAGUAAAACAAGGUAUGAUGCCGCAAUAUUCGGAAAUGGGUCAACAGCUCAAGAAUCUAUUUCGAAGAUUGGCGUCUGAUGGUAUGACAGAGCAUGUUGAAAAUCAGCUAUUGGCGAUGAGCGCUCACCUAAUCAAGAUUCAGAGUUCUGCAACUCAGCACAUAACUGACGCGCCAGGGCGGUUGGUGCUGUCGGGCGGCGGCCUGUCCCGCGCCGUGGCGCUGGACUGCGAGGCGCUGGCGCACGCGCCGCCCGACAAGGUGUACGCACAGAGUGCUAGGCGCUCGCAUAAAACUUCGCUUUCAAAUGAAACUCAAAUGAACACGGAAUGGCAACACAUGUUCGGACAAACACAGGACCAAGCCGUCGUAAAAGCCAGCGACAGCGCGUCGCAGUCGGGCCUGCCAGCGCCGGGCGCGGGCGGCGGCGCGGGCGCGGGGGGCGGCGCGCCCGCGCACUCGCAGAUGGGGCACAGCGCGAGCUACGUGCAGUAUAGCAUGGCACCGUGUCGAGUGGAGUUGCGAAACCUUAUUUCGCGUAUGCAGCAAAAGUUCCAGAAGUCUUUAAGAAUUCACGACGAUAAUGUGGAAACCGGUGAAGAUCUGUUACCGCCACCCACGUGGAGGCCCGGGAACCAGUUACUAGCGUACUUACAUGAACACAAGGCUCGUGUGAACCAGCUGGUGCGGUUGCCGGCACACAAGAACCUGUUCGGGUCGUGCUCCGACGACGGCACGGUGCGUCUGUGGGACGCCGCCCGGCUUCAGGGACACGCAUACGUAAAUAAAUCGAAAUCUAUGUACAAUAGAAGUGCGGGUCCCGUCAUAUCGCUGGCGGCGUGCGAGGGCGGACACUCUCUGGUCGCGGCCACACAGGAAGGAUCCAUAUUUGUUCUUAGGCCGGACAGCGGGUCGUCGCGCAUGUCGCUGUCGCAGUGCCGGCAGCUGGGCGAGGGCUGCGCGGCGCUGGCGGCGGCGGGCGGCGCGCACGCCGGCGUCAUCUCCUACGCCACGCUGGGCGCCGCCGUCGUGGGCUGGGACCUGCGCGCGCCCGGCAACGCGUGGAAGCUGCAGGGCGACCUGCGGCAGGGCGUGUACACGUGCCUGCACGCCAGCGCCGCCGGCUACCUCGCCGUGGGCACCUCCAGCGGCGCGCUCUGCGUGUGGGACCUGCGCUUCGCGCUGCCCAUCACCUCGGUCAGGCAUCCUAACUCGGAGCGCACGCGGCGCGUGGUGGGGUGGGGCGGGUCGCGCGCGUGGGCGCUGGGCGCGCGCGACGCCGCCGCCUGGUGCCUGGAGAGCACGCAGCGCACGCACGCGCUGUGGCCCGCCACCGCCGGCGCGCACCCGCUCACCUACACGCCAGUGGCGUCACAUUACAUAAGUGCAGCGUACUGCGGCAGCCGUGACGGGAACCAGUUCCUCAUCACCGGCGGCUCCGACCAGAGACUCAGGUUCUGGGACCUGCAGCACCCGGAGGACUCGCACGUCCUCCUCCAUGCGCCGUACGAUCAGAUGCACUCGAUUAAAUAUAGGAGUCGAAUAAUAGACGGUACAACGGUCAUCCAAGAGUGCGCCAAAUCUAACAUAACCCCUCCCGUGCAAGAAGACAACGUUUACCGCACGGUGGAGUCGCGGUCCUUCUAUCACACCGCGCCCAUAACAGAUAUCACAUUGGUAGAAGGGAACAAAUGCUAUCUAGUCAGCGCCUCAGCUGACGGUGUCAUUAAUGUCUGGAAA